UUUCUUUUUUGAAAGGUUUUAGUUGUCGAAUGGUAAAUUUCACGGCGUAAUCGUGUGCUUCAAGGUUUCGCAGUAAUCAGGGGAAGCAAUCCCCUUAAAUCGAUUGGUUUACACUCGUGAUUCACCGUAAGGAAACGUCGAAUUUGCUUUUGUCGCAAUUGAAAUUACUCUGGAAAUAACCGUUUCUGAGAAUGCCGCGAAGUAAAUCCAAACGAAGCUCCGAUUUUCGCGAGCAUGCGGCAGUGCUGUCGCGGAAUUUUGUGAAUCUGCCUCGUAUCAGAGUGAUAUUGAGCAUGGCACCGAAAGGAGACCUUAGCGCUGGCCAGGCUCUUACGGAGCACAAAUUGGCCGCUGUCCGGGACUACUUGAGUCAGCCUCGUCUCAACUACAAGACUGUGUCCGGUGUCAAUGGACCCCUGGUUAUCCUGGAUGACGUCAAGUUCCCGAAGUUUGCCGAAAUUGUGGAUCUGCACUUGGCGGAUGGCACGACGCGAUCAGGACAAGUAUUGGAAGUAUCUGGAUCAAAAGCCGUUGUUCAGGUUUUCGAGGGUACUUCGGGAGUGGAUGCAAAAAACACAGUUUGCGAAUUCACCGGCGACAUUUUGAGGACCCCUGUGUCGGAGGACAUGUUGGGACGAAUUUUCAACGGCUCAGGAAAGCCCAUCGACAAGGGACCGCCGGUCCUCGCUGAGGAUUUCCUCGACAUCCAGGGUCAGCCCAUUAACCCGUAUUCCCGCACGUACCCCGAGGAAAUGAUUCAGACCGGCAUUUCCGGCAUCGAUGUGAUGAACUCAAUUGCCCGAGGGCAGAAGAUCCCGAUCUUUUCCGCCGCCGGUCUCCCGCAUAACGACAUUGCCGCUCAAAUCUGUCGACAAGCUGGUUUGGUGAAGCGUGGUGAGAAAGGCGGCGUCCGGGACGACCACGAGGACAACUUCGCCAUCGUUUUCGCCGCCAUGGGUGUGAACAUGGAGACUGCGCGAUUCUUCAAGCAAGAUUUCGAGGAGAACGGGACCAUGGAAAACGUGUGCCUUUUCUUGAACUUGGCCAACGAUCCGACCAUUGAAAGAAUCAUCACCCCGCGUCUGGCUCUCACGGCUGCGGAAUUCUUGGCGUACCAAUACGAGAAACACGUGUUGGUCAUCCUAACUGACAUGUCUUCGUAUGCCGAAGCGUUGCGUGAAGUGUCGGCUGCUCGUGAAGAAGUGCCCGGUCGACGUGGGUUCCCGGGUUACAUGUACACGGAUUUGGCCACCAUUUACGAACGUGCGGGCCGAGUUGAGGGCAGGAAUGGAUCCAUCACUCAAAUCCCGAUUCUCACUAUGCCGAACGACGAUAUCACUCACCCGAUCCCAGAUUUGACUGGAUACAUCACUGAGGGCCAGAUUUACGUCGAUCGGCAGUUGCACAAUAGGCAGAUUUAUCCGCCCAUCAACGUGCUGCCGUCAUUGUCUCGUCUCAUGAAGUCUGCUAUCGGUGAAGGCAUGACUAGGAAGGACCACUCUGACGACGUACAAGCGAUGAAGGCCGUCGUUGGUGAAGAGGCUUUGACAUCUGAAGACUUGCUGUAUUUGGAAUUUUUGAACAAAUUCGAGAAGAACUUCGUCAGCCAAGGAUCUUACGAAAACCGGACAGUGUUCGAAUCUUUGGACAUCGGUUGGCAGUUGCUGCGUAUCUUCCCUAAGGAAUUGUUGAAACGUAUCCCGCAGAACAUCCUCGCUGAAUAUUACCCAAGGGACGGCAGGAAGUGAAGCGAUUGAACGAGGGGAAUGGAAUGAGUCGUUUAUGCCACAACUUCUUGUUCUCUGUUGUUGCAUGGCAUCAUGCGGAAUAGUGAGACGAAAGCAUUCCUGUGCAAUAUUUAAUUGUCGAGCUUCUCAAGUCAUUCCGGUUAUAAUACUUGUAGUCACGUAUUCAAUUCUAAAUGCGGUGCUGUGUUUCAUAAUGCUAUCGAAUGAGCUAUAUUUUCGCAGUCCCGUUCCUUUUGUCAUGCUAAGGGAUCCUUUCGUCCUUCCAUUCAGAAAGUCGGUCGACAUUAUGGAGGCUGUUGUGAAUUCAUGCAUAGAUUAAAUGCGGGGUUCUGGCGGUCACGAGAACCGAAGUCACGUGAAUAUCACGGGGCAGGUUUCUAGCCGAGGAGCUUGGAGGUUAUUUUUUUGUACACCACACCGGGCGUCCAUUUUUGAUGAGUUAGGAAAAAAGCAGCUGUGGAAUCUUCGACCAACGCGUAUAAAGAGAACCUAUUUUCUGUUGAACUCCAGGUUUUGUCAAAUUGAAUCAAUUUUCCGUGUUGAACGCUGCGGGUAUUUAAGCCUCCCAGUUCUAAAGCAGUCUCUCGAUUAUUUUACGAAGCCAUGCGUUCGAGUAAACGUGAAUUUAUGCUUAUUGAA